AUGUCUGCCCCAUUGUCUCAUGCUGACAUCACACUUCUUGCACAGUUACUCAUUCGCCUGUCUCCUACUGGCUUCAUCACUGACUGCACCAGUUGUGGUGGUGCAGUCACCUUGUCAAUCUGUCGGUCUGAUAAGAAUGGGAAUGGUGGAAAACCAAUGGCAAGGCAUACAUCAUGUUCAUUCUACUGGUGGUAUCCCAAACUACUUGCUUUCCUGCACAUCACAUCAUUAAUUCCUAUGUCAACUGCAUCACCAAGUCCCCCCAGCUCUCAACCAAUCACCUCCUCUAGCAGUACUACCCUCACCAUGCUGCCACCCCCCCUGACACAGCCCUUGAGCAGGUGCCAACAUAAGCAGGGUGAAUGUCCUUUCCAUAGGCUUAACAAUGGCCCACCUAUGCUUGGAGACAAGGAGGAUGAUUUUCUGAUCGAGGAGCCUGAGGAUGGUAGCUUUGGCCAUGAGGACCUUUGUCAGGCAUUGCAUGCCUCUCUUCAGGACUUAGGCUUUCCCAUCCCAGAUGCACCACUCCCUUCCAUGCACAACCUUCUGUCUGCACUGCCUGCUCCUAUCCCUUGUAAUCACAUCCAACUGCCAAGCAUUUUUCUGGAGGGUGACUCAUCUCCUCCCCCUAUGGACCCUAUAUGGGCCACUGAUUUGCAUGCCCAGGCUAGGCAGGAGGCUGAUGAUAAGCAGGUUGAGGAGUGUCGCAAGGAGAUGGAACGAGAAGUGAGGCAACACUUUGCAUUGCAUUGGUUUGAUGCUGACAAUGCUGCUGUCAAGGUAGAAUGGGUGUCCAAGUGCCCUUACUAUCCUCAAUGGCAGCUUGCCAAUGAUCCUGAGCUUAUCACCUCCUUAGGCACAGAUAUUCACAAGAUCAAGUCUGGCUGUCAUCUCUUUCUUCAUUGUUAUGGUGUCAUCCAGUGUGACGGCUUCCAGGAGCUCUUGAUGGCAUCAAAACAUACUUCACGCCCUCAUCACCUUUGGUUCAACAUGACAGGUGAGCAUGAUGUCAUGCGAAAAAAGCUCAAGGCCAAGCAGGAGAUCAUUGAGAUACCAUCUUCCCUGGUCAUCACAGCCAAGCAUGAAUGGGAGGAGAGCAGUGAGCUUGCUUUCACCCCAAUGUGUCCAUGA